AUGAAAUUAUUUACUAAUUAGUGCCAAAUAGUUAUUUAAAUUAGUACAAACUAUGUCUCUUCAGAAUUAGAAAAUCUGAAAUCAAAAGAAUUAAUUCUGGUUGAAGAGUAUAAUAUGGGAAAUGAGUAUGAAUUAGAGGACUAAAACUUAUCAAACUAAAUAAAUUAAUUGAUCAUUCAUUUUAGAAACUACCUUUUGCAUAAUUAUUUAAGAAAGUAUAUUAAAACAAAUUGAUAGAAUUAGGCUGGUAGAAAAAAUUCUUUAACUUUUUGAGAAGAUAUUUUUGAAAAAUGAUAAUAAUUAAGACUAGUUAGAAGAUUUUUUGGGAAAUCUAAUAAUAACAUUAGAAUAUAUACAAUAAAAAUUAGUUAAUUAUGGAGAUUUAUAAAUAUUAAAGAAAUAAAUCGAUAACCUCUUAAAUUUCAAAAUCUAAUCGACUUAAUAAUAAGUAAGUCCAAUUAUACUUGAUCUAUUUAAUUUAUAAGUUCUUAGAGAUAUUUAUUUAACCAAAUUUUAGAAAAAAUAUGGUAUUGAAUUCGAAAAUUUUUAUAAAAAUAAUAGAAAAUUAUCAUUUGAUUUUGAAGAUGAAAAUGAGCCUGCUAAAAUAGAUACCAAUAAUCUCAAUUAAUAAACAAAAAAUACUAAAUAAUCCAAAAAAUUUGAGUAAAAUUAUUCAAUUAUCAUAACACCUGAUUCUGAUUCUUGUAUCCCUUCAUAAUAAAAUUAAAUACAUAAUUUAUCAGAGAUGAAUUCGAUUAAUUUAAAGAGUAACAGUGAGUUAAGAAUAAAUAAAUCGUAGUUAUACUCUCCAUAAUCACAAGGAUCCAAAACUCCUAAUUCAAAUUAGAACAAAAAUUUUUUUAGUUCUUAAUUGAAGAUAAAUUAAUAAAAAGAUAAUUAGAGCAUAAUAGAAUAAUUCAUAUAAUAAAAAGAGAAGGAUUCAGAUUAAUUACCAAAAGACCGAUUUGAUAUUGGUAAGAAAUUUAAUAUGAAUUCAAAUAAAUAGAUUAAAGGUUAUGAUAUGUUUGAUGAAUAAUCAUUAUUUAUAUUGAGAAAUUAUUUAGAAAGCAAAUAUACAUCAAAUAAAUUAGAAAGAUCAAAUGAUUUAUCAUAAUUGAUUAAUUAUAAAUAAAUUUAAUGA